CGGACCCACAUCUCUCUCUCUCUCUCCUCCGCCAGUCCGGCUGACGAACCCGCCUCCGGCCUCCUUCCGCCGGUCGGAGCACACCAGCUACCUCGAAGGCCCUCGAGGCCUCCGGCGUCGCCACUCCCUGGUGGUGCCGGGUUGGCGCCGGACUGAAGAUCCAUCGGGACUUGGAAUCGACCCCUUUUCCUGAUUGUGAGAUCAAAUGCCAGAAGCCCAGAACUUCAGCUACUUACUUGUUGCUUAAUCAUGGACAGCUCUCAGAAUCAACCAUUACCACCUGGUGUUGGAACAUGGUCACAGGCACCUCCCAAUCACCCACCACAGUUCAAUUCUGACCCACAGUCUUAUCAUUCUCCAUUUGACACUAGACAUGACACUGCUAGUGGCAACAAUAGUGAUAGUGCAGCAGGCAUUGAAUCAGCUGUCCAAGAGGCUGUUCUUCACGCACAGGACGUUGAGACCCAGCAAGUCAUACAAAAUCAAAGAUAUGCAAACACAACAAGUGAACCUACAGCAUAUGGGGAAGACUUACUUUCGAACCGCCGUGACCCAAAUGCAUUGAAGGAACACUUAUUAAAGAUGACAGCUGAUCAUCGUGCAGAGAUGGCAAACAAAAGGGGGAAGCCAGUUCAUCCAAACAAUGGCAAUGUUGAAAUUGGCAAUGGCUAUGGUGUACCAGGAGGGGGUGCUUAUUAUGCUGCGAACUUGCCAAGUACUCAAAUGAAUAAACCUAGAGAUGAAUCUGAUAAAGCAAAAUGUGCAAACGAUCUCCCUGAUUUUUUGAAGCAGAGGUUAAGAGCAAGGGGAAUUCUCAAAGAUGAGACAACAAAUAAGAAUAGCAUGAAUACACAGAAUGUGGAUUCCCAAGAAAUCCAGAACAAAUCUGGGCAAGAGUUGCCUCCUGGUUGGGUUGAAGCAAAGGACCCGACCACUGGUGCUCCUUAUUUCUACAACCAAAGCACUGGAGUGAGUCAAUGGAAUCGUCCCGGUGGUGCUGUGAAUACCAUGCACCAUCAAGUUUCUCCAUCCUUGCCAGAGAAUUGGGAGGAGGCAAUUGACAAAUUAACAGGCCACAGAUACUAUUAUAAUACAAGGACACAGGCCACACAGUGGGAGCCUCCUACUCCUGUGAACGCCAUUGCUACACCUCCUGCUCCCACCAAAACUGCAGUAGAGCCGGUCGCUCAAACUGCAGAUAUUUGGAACUCUCAAAUGCAGAGAUGUUUGGGCUGUGGUGGAUGGGGAGUUGGUCUUGUCCAGCCUUGGGGAUACUGCAAUCACUGCACAAGGGUUCAAAAUCUUCCUUUUCAACAGUAUCCAUCUUACCCAAACAAUACGAUGCACUCUGGUGGUAACAAUGCUCCCAAAACUCAGGGGAAUGUUGGAGCUAAGGACAGAUCAAGCUCAAAACCACCCUUUGGGAAACAGAACAGAAAAGAUCAUCGCAAAAGAAAUCGCCCAGAAGAUGAUGAGCUUGACCCGAUGGACCCAAGUUCUUACUCAGAUGCUCCACGGGGUGGCUGGGUUGUUGGUUUGAAGGGUGUACAACCACGAGCAGCGGAUACUACUGCAGCUGGACCUUUGUUCCAACAAAGACCGUAUCCCUCACCAGGUGCUGUUUUGAGGAAAAAUGCAGAAGUAGCAACCCAUGGCAAGAAACGUGGUGGUAUGGCUCCUAUAACAAAAAGAGGAGAUGGCAGUGAUGGGCUUGGGGAGGCAGAUUAGUCUUUUGAUAAACUGAAAUUGUUGUGCAAUCAGAGUAUUUUCUGUGAUUUGGUUUCUGGAGCUGCUGAGCCAUCGGUGCGGGUUUGGAGAAAAUCAAGAGAAUUGUGGGCAGCCAAUUUACAAGAGGAAACUCAGUGCAGCUCACCAGGUUCUGCAGCUAUAUUAUAGCAAACUCACUGGGCCUAAGAGGCUAGAGAGAGUAGUGCGCUCACCCCGUUUUGUGUAAAGUUUGUAAACGUUGCUUGGAAUAUGUAGUAAGUGGAAAGAGACAGUGAUUCGUACUAGUUAUUUACGUAAUGCUCAUACAAGGAAUCAAAUUUUCUGGAGAGACGAGCCAUCCUUUUGACUUGAGUUUAAUCUGCAAUUGACAGUUUUUUUA